GAUACUUUGACCCCAAACCCCAUGUGAAUGGUGGCCUGAUAAAACAGGUAAGGCCAGGGAAAGUUGAAAUCAUUUAGCUGCUUAGCCAACAACAAAGUGUGCUACGAGAGAGUCAUUUAUUAACGCGAAAGGAACAACCUCUCAAAUAAGUUUGAUCAAGAAUGGAUCAAGAAAGUUUAGUAGCCAAGGCUAUAAAAGGCUAUGAUUAUAUUUUUGAAAAUGCUGAUCCAAGAGUAGAAAAUUGGUUCAUGAUGGGCUCCCCUAUUCCAAGUCUAAUUAUUUGCUUAGCUUAUUUUAUUUUUGUUUGGAUAUCCCCUUCAUUGAUGAAAAAUGUGAAGGCAUUUGAGAUGAGGAACCUUCUAGUAGUUUAUAAUUUAGCAAUGGUUGCCCUGUCAACCUACACAUUUUAUGAGUUUUUGAUGAGUGGAUGGCUCACUGGAUACAGCUUAGGGUGUCAGCCAGUGGAUUAUUCCAAUUCUCCACAGGCUGUCAGAAUGGCAAGAGUUUGUUGGCUUUUCUACAUUUCUAAAUUCAUUGAGCUGUUAGACACUGUUUUCUUCAUCUUGAGGAAAAAGUUUAACCAGGUUUCCUUCCUGCAUGUUUUCCACCAUGGCAUCAUGCCCAUCUCUUGGUGGUUUGGGGUCAAGCUUGUGCCUGGUGGAUUUGGUACCUUUCACUCUCUGCUAAAUUCAUUCAUCCACUUGGUGAUGUAUACAUAUUAUGGCCUUUCUGCUCUGGGUCCUUCAUUCCAUAAAUAUCUGUGGUGGAAGAAAUACAUGACAAGUAUGCAAAUGAUUCAGUUUGUCGCUGUAACAAUCCACUCGGCACAGCUGUUGUUCAUGGAUUGUGACUACCCCAUCUUUUUUGUCUACUGGAUAGGCUUGUAUGCCGUUAUAUUCCUUUUCAUGUUUGCCAAGUUCUAUGUUCAAGCCUAUCUUAAACCAGCCUCUUCUCAUCAGAAGACAGUGACCAAUGGAUCUACCAAAUCUAUAGCAGAAUCCAAAUCUAAAACCAGUUAAUUUAUAUUUUUUAUGACUAUAUAUAUAUCGCUUCAUUUACAAAUAAAAACAUAUUUCAUAAUAAGCUUUGCUCAAGUAGCUUAUCGUUAACAAUCAUUAUAUAAAAUUGAUUUAAAUACCUGAUCUUUUUAAUUUGGGGGGAAACAGCAUCAGCUUUCUUUUAUUUCAGCAUACAUUCUGUGAUAAGCAACUGAUUCAUUUAAGAUAUUUUCAUUGUCAUUCUGUUAUCUAUUAAAUAUAUUUCCAAGUUGUGCUAUAAAAAUGUUAUUAAGGACCAGAUAUAUUUUUACAAUUCAAAAUUUUUUGCCCUCACUAGAAUUACUUCUAAAAAAUGUAGUCUUUUUUAAAGAAGUAUUUCUCUUUGUUUCAUUUUAAUUUUAACUUUGUUCUUUCUUGUUUGAUCUCAAAUCUAUAACCAUUACCUCUCUUAUCACUUACUUCCCUUAAAUAAAUUACCACAUGCUGUAUAUCUGCAUUAGUAUCAGGCCAUGCUAGCAAAUCAGCUAGUGUGAAUCAAAUAUUUCAUUUUGUUAAAAACACACUAGCUGCCUUAUGGAAAAAAAAAUCAUUUUAUCAUAAACUGCUUCAAACCUCUACUAUGGCAGCGUAUAACUAUAUAUUCUGUCAUUUGUAUUGUUAAUCAUUUAAUAAAUUUUUAGUUUUCAAAGCUUUAUCACACAUUUUACUUUUUAAGUGUAUGGAAUUAUUUAGAAUAAAAUUGUACAUUAUUUUGAUAUCUAAACCACACAAUGUCACAAAUAAUGCGAUUAGAUUUGUUUAUCAAAAUUAGUUUAUAUCUCUAAAUGCAAUAGUAAGACUGAUAUUUUCUAGUUCACAAUAAAGUAAUCUAGAACCAGUAUUUUUUUUUUUAAAUGGUCUAACUAUAUUUGGAAUAAAGCAAAAAAAAAUUAUGUGCUGUUACUGUUACAUUAGUAUGUGGAUGUAUGUAAUUUUAGGUUAAACCUCUGUUUUUUUUUAAAAAAUUGUUAUAAAGUUUGCUUGAUGCCAUAAGAGAACAUAAAGUUUCAAUUUCCUCUGUGCCUAUGUCAUUGAUUGAAGUGUCUACAUAUACUAUUACAUGACUAAUUUUUAUACACCACACACAUUUACGUGUUUAAAUUCAAUUAUGUCUAAAAAUCAAAAAUGUUCUCAAGCCCGAACUGUUAAAUACAUCAUCAGUAUUUUGUAUGUUAUGUUGAAAAAUAAAUGAUCACGUUCCUUUUUUCAGUUCACUUUGAUAUAUUAUCUUAUAUUUUGCACUGACUAUUUUCCCUACUUGUAUUGUUAAUUACACCAGAUUUCAGUUGUUAGAACUGCCGAAUGUUUACAAUGUUCUGUUGCAUCUCAAGUCAUUUUAAUUAUUUAUUUAUAUCCAUAAAACCACUGGACCAGAUGAACUAGUAGUAUUUCACAUCCUAAUAUUUAUUUAGAAUUUUGUUUUUAAUUAGAAAAGGUUUAAGUUGUUAAAAUUAAGCUAUGUUAGAUCAACUUAGAGUUUAGAUGUUGAAUUGUAACGAUUAGAUGACCUAAUUUUUAAAACUUUUAAAAUGUUUCAUUGCAUAAUUUUUUACCCGUUACGGAAAUUUCAUAUAAAUUUGUUAAAAUUGAAAAGGCAAUUUUGCAAUUGAAUAAAAGUUUAUGAAUAAUUCUGACCAAUUAUUUAUAUCAACAGUUAAACCUGUAGAUUGAGCUAUUUUUAAAUUUCUUAUUAAUUUGUUUGUUAACCAUGGUCUAUAUUUAUUUCUAUAUUACAAAGAUUUUUUUUCUUUUAUUUUCACAUUGCAAGUGUUGUUAAGCUGGGUGUUUUGUUUUUGUUUUUUUUCUUCAGAAAAGGGGCACACGUUUUAUUCCAGUUUAAAACUUAUUUUAGUCUUUAAUUUGGAAAAUAAUGCAUGUAGGCCUAGUGUUUAUCUGGAAAAAUUUGUUUUGUUAUAAAACAUUCUCAAAAAGUUAGUUUUAUCAUUUAGUCAUGCUUUUUUUCAAAUGAAUGUAAAUGAGCGUGUGAUUUUUGAGUGUCAAGAGCUUCAUCUCAACCAGAAAAACAUUUUUUUUUCUUUUUAUUAAAUUUUAUUACAUUUGAUUUUUUUUUACUUUUAUAUCACUGUGUAUAUGGAUGUUUUUUAUUUUUCUAUUUAUUUUUAUUAUUAAUCUUGGUAUAUAUAAAUGUCAUUAAAAAAGUGAAGUAAAAAAAAUAUACAUCAUAAUAGUAAUAGAACUAUAUCAUGAUCGAACUGAAAACUCUUUCUUUGUAAUGUGAGUCUUUAUUAUAACAUCUCAUAAGUUAAUUUUCUAACACUACUAAAUGAAGUGUUUCUGUUCAAUUAAUAAGUAAAUAUAGUAUUUUUGUAUUGAAUAUUUAAAUCUCAGUAAAUUUCAUGAGUGAAAAUUGUCUGUAGAGUAACCAAUAUUUAUCACAUUAAUGGAAUGGUGUUUACUUUUAAUUUCAGCUAGACAUCUAUUAUAUAUCUAGAUAUCGAGUGAAUUAUUAAUUGGAGUGUGUAUUAAUAAAAACAAAUCGUUAGGUACUAUAAAUGAUAUGUUUGCAUGUACUUUGUUUUGUAAAAAGUAUCACAAACAAAUUAAAGAUGGCAACAUGCUAUAAUACAAUCUCAUUCAAUCUUAUUUUUCAUUAGGCCUAAAAAUGCUUUUAAAAAGCUGAAUAUAGCACCAGCAUGAGAGAGGAUUGAUUGAAUAGAACUAUUGAUGUGAAAUGUAGUAAACAUUACAAAAAGGAGUUGUUUAUGAUUUAUAAGCCAUUGCUAAAUUAUGAUAUG